AUGAAUAAUCAUAUCAAUGUUCAUGAUGGUCAAUCAUGGAGUUCUGCUCCUAUCCACCACUCUCAAUGGCUUCAAACAACCAUAUCAGAUUUGGAUGAGAAAUUGGACGCCAUGACGACUAUUUUAGAAGAUGGCAAUUCUCCAAACCAAGAACACAUGUACUGCAAUUGGAGAAAAGACCUCAUACAGAUGCUUGAAGAAUUUGGCCGAUCAUACCGUGUUUUAGCCUUAGCUUAUAACCAACUAAAGUCUAAAACAUCUCAUGGUUCCUUUCAUUCAGGAUCUUUACCAUCUUCUGCUAGAUCAAAAACCAUAUGUGCUAGCUGCACCAGAAGAGAAACAUGUAACUUGGAAAGUAAGAAACCCGAAAUGGGUUAUAAUGGCCAUAUGAAAUCUGUCUCGAAGCAUUCAGGUGUCAGAUCUAAUGGCACUAAUCUGGAUUUUGAGAUUCAACUUGAAGACAAAAUGACAGAUUUUUCCACCAAUGAAAAUAUUUUAAUGAAGAUUGAGGAUUUGGAAUUAAAACACGGAACUGAAGAUUCAUUAAUAAUCAGUUCCAAAUUUGAAAGUGCGUGGCCAGCAUUGAAGUAUCAGAUGACAAAACUUACAGAUGACAAUCUGCACUACUUAGAAGAGUUGGUCCAAAGAAAUGAUGAAAAGAGGGAAACCAUUAGAAGGCUUCAGUUAGAGGUGGAAACUUUGAAGCACAAGAACCAAGCCCUCCAGAAUUCGUCACGGAACUCCAAUGAUGAUUCAGAAGGCAGCCAAUCAGAGAUAUCCAGACCAGGAAGAAAAUCUGUGAGCAAGCUCUUCAGAGGUUGCUCUCCAUGA